AGGUCGUUUCCACGGCGCCGUAUCGAAAACCGCUUCCAGCAAAUGGCGGGAAAGCGGGGGAGGGGAAAGGGGAGGGAAUUGUUUCUCCUUCAUCUCUCUAUGGUUUUGUCACUAGAGAGAAUUUGAGAAGAGGUGUUUGGUGUGUGGGAAAGGCGCCUUAGCCACCACCAAGGUCCAUCAUUCGUCACAGACGAAAACAUCGGUUGCAACAGUGUGUGGGGAGAUUUUCCGGUUUCUUCCACGCAAUUUUAAACCCUUUAUUUUUGCGCAGAACAAACACCUCAGGCGUAGCACUACCGUCCCCAGCAUGCACUGGGGUUCGGCGGGGAGGGGCCGGUCACGCUCUCCGGCAGGAGGUGACCGUAUCAAGAUGGCGGCCAGGGCGCCAAACAUGAAUUUUUGAGACGGAGGGAACGCCGAGAAGCAGCGUCAGUGCCUGUUCUUGAAAACAGCAGCAGUAGCGUCAUGGACGCCUCGGCUUGUAUGAAGUCGCUGCUCCUGGCGGCUUCGCAGUAUCGGGCUGCGCGCACCCAGCCGAACGCAGCGCUGUUGCAGCGGAGCCUGGAGAUUUUUGCAGGACUGAAACUUGAAAAAUUAUUUGCAUCAAACCAGAUUUUACCAAGUGAAUGCUUGAAUUGUUUAGUAGAACUUAUUGAUGAUCCAAAUAUAAGUGUUCCGUUGACCCUGAAUGUAAUAAGUUUGCUGUCUCAACUAGUUCUGCACAAUGAAACUAGAGAAACCCUUCAGAAUACUUACAAUCUGUGCAGUGUUCUGGCAGGUGUGAUUCUUCGAAGUUCUGUGAGUUCUAGUGACCCAGUAUUAUUCCAGAGUACCCAGCUGCUACAGAAAUUGACCUACAAUUCAAGAGUAUUCCAUACCAGUGCUAAUACUGAUGAUUUAAUCUCAUUCCUUAUGAAUCGUAUUCAAUCUACAGAAGAUGAGUUAACUAUACCAUGUCUAGGACUUAUGGCAAAUCUCUGUCGACACAGUCUUUCAAUUCAAGCACACAUCAAGUCAUUGACUAAUGUGAAAGGUUUCUAUCGCACUCUGAUCAGUUUCUUGGCCCACAGUAGUCUAACAGUGGUUGUAUUUGCACUUUCAAUAUUGGCAAGCCUUACAUUAAAUGAAGAAGUUGGAGAAAAGCUUUUUCAUUCCAGAAACAUUCAUCAGACUUUCCAGUUAAUAUUCAACAUUCUUGUGAAUGGUGAUGGAACACUAACAAGAAAGUAUUCUGUUGAUCUGCUCAUGGAUCUUCUAAUGAAUCCCAAGAUUGCAGAUUAUCUUAUGAAGUAUGAGCAUUUUACAUCCUGCCUCAAUCAAGUGUUGAGCCUCCUUCAUGGAAGGGACGCUGAUUCUUCAGGAAAGGUAUUAGAAUUGCUACUUGCCUUCUGUUCAGUACCAGAACUCCGCCAUGUUUUGUGUCAAGCAAUAUUAGAACCAAAUAUGACAAGUUGUGGAAGUACAAGACUUGCAACUCGAUCUAAACCUUCAGAGCCAUCUGUUGUCUUAGUACACUGGUCAAACCAACCUUUGGAAGAAUCUGAAAACUGCUCAAUUCUUGCCUUGGAGCUGUUUAAGGAGAUAUUUGAGGAUGUUAUUGAUGCAGGCAGUAGUGUUGUGGCUGUGCGCUUCGUGGAUCUUCUUCUACCUGUUCUUCUCGACCAUCUUCACUUUUCAGAUCACUUAACUGAAGAUGUGUUGGCAAAAAAGAAAUGUGAAAAAAUGAUCAGAGCUGUUGACAUCUUGAUAAUGCUUUGUACUGAUGAUGUUCUAAAAACACAUGUCACCAAAGUUCUGACAGCUAGCAAAUGUACAUCUCUGAUAGAAAACCUAUUUACAUGCAGUGGGAUUGAUUCUGGCUUUGGAGUAAAAGUAAUGGACUCUGAAUUGAGCAAACUUGCUGCUGAUCUGAUCUUAAAAACACUGGAUCUCAUGAGCAAGCUAAAGCAGCUUGUUCCUAACAUGGAAGUUAGUUUUUACAAGAUUCUUCAAGAUCACCGUUUGGUUACACCUUUGGCAUUUGCUUUAACAUCGGACCACAGAGAGCAAGUCCAAGCAGGACUCAGAAUACUAUUUGAAGCAGCACCAUUGCCAGAUUUUCCUGCCAUAAUGCUUGGUGAAAGCAUUGCAGCCAAUAACUCCUACAGACAACAGGAGGCAGAGCAUGUUCCUAAAAGAAGCAACAUACAGACAUCCAUGACCUGUGUUAACCCAAUGAAAUGCACUGUUGUUAUUCCGCCAAAUGAUGACAUUGAAACCCACAACAUUCAGGACUUAAUACAGAAACUCCAAUCCAGCCUGGAGAUGAAGGAAGCAAUCACAGAUGUAAGAGUAUCUGAAAUAAUGGAUGUGUAUGAGCAGAAACUAACUGCAUUAGCAUCUAAAGAAACUAGAUUACAAGACCUUCUGGAAGCAAAGGCAUUAGCUCUUGCUCAAGCUGAUAGACUUAUUGCCCAAUAUCGUUGCCAGAGAGCUCAAGCUGAAUCAGAGGCUAGGACACUUGCUUCAAUGCUGAAAGAUGCAGAGCGGAAGAAUGAAGAUCUUAAGGCAUUGUUGAAUGCACAGCAGGUAGAAUCUGAACGAGCACAAAGUGAUAUGCAACAACUCUUUCAACACAAUAGGAAACUGGAGACAAUUGCAGAAGAGCACACUGAUCUUAUACAGAAGCAUGAAACAAUGGAAAAACACUAUAAUGAUCUACAGCUAAUGUAUAAUUCCCUGAAUAAACAAAACGAGGCCAUAAAAAUGCAGAAUGAAUUACUCAGGCAACAGCAGGACAAAACGGUUGCUCAGUUGCUAGAAACAGAAGAGCAUAGAAAAGAGUUGCACAAACAGUUGCAAGAUAAAGAUGCGAAAAUAUCAAGUUUACAACAAAAGGCAAAAGUUCAGGAAGAAAAAUUGAGAGUCAAGCAGAAGGAAAAAGCAGAUAUGGAGGAGACCAUAGAUGUUCUUAGAAAAGAAUUGAGCAAAACAGAACAGGCAAGAAAAGAACUGAGCAUUAAGGCAUCUUCUUUGGAAGUUCAGAAGUCACAGUUGGAUGGACGACUUGAAGAAAAGGAGGCCUUAAUCAAAUUCCAGCAAGAAGAACUGAAUAAACAUUCUCACAUGAUAGCAAUGAUACACAGCUUGAGUGGUGGUAAACUAAGUGCUGAGACAGUGAAUCUCAGCCUGUAGAAUAUGAUUUUCUAGUGCUAGAUUUCAUGAAAAAGAACCAAUCAAAUAAAAGAAAUCCCAUUUUGUAGAGAGUUCUUUAUGAAAAAUAGUAUAUUAUGUGUUUCUGCAAGAAACAUACCAACUUCUGUGCAUGUUGACAGUAGUGCUACCCCUGCAGCUGUCAGCUACUGUGUAGGCCUUGUUUCUUGUUUAAACAAGAAAUAAUUUGACAUACUUUUGAAAAGGAGUGAGAGAUCUUCCAGAUAUACAACAUUACAGUAACGGAAGCUAGUUUGGGGUGGGGUGAAAUUUUCACUUUUAAACUAUUUUAUGAGUAUUGAUUUUUAAGAAUUGUAUGUAUGUAGAAUUUUGUACAGUUACUUAACACAUAAACACAGAAAUUAGAGGGAAAAUACACAAAAAUUGUAUGUAUUCCAAAAUAUUUUUGAAGUAGCAUAUUAGGCAGAUUGUAACCACAAUAAUAAGUAUUAAAUUGAAUGUGCAAUUAAAAUGUUCUGGCCUAUUGGAGUAUGUGGCUCCAAAAUCUAUGUCCACAGGGGGGGAAAACCCAUGGGUUUGCAUAAUCAACUUUAUUUCAUCUUCUAAUGUCAAUUGCCAUUCGUUUUAUACUCUGCCUUUUAGUUAUUCAGAUUUUUGAAAAUAUCUGUUUUAUCUUGAACACCUACACUGUUACUAUUCUUUAUAUCGAAGAUCUGUAGUGUCGGUUUGAAUCUUCAUCAUAUAGUUACAAUUUGCUACAUUUGAGAACAUUUAUUACCUUUUCAAAUUCUAUACAUUUGUAAAUGAAUAUAUGAAUAUUUUUAGAGUAAUGAAUUUUAAUAAGAAUAAAAAUUAGCAAAUUUAGGUAAAGGCAAAGGCAUGUAUUUAGUAAACUAUAGAAUUUUAAUGCAUGAAACUUGAUGGUGAUUAAGAAUAUUAACAUUCUGAAAGAAAUUCCACUUAGAGUGCAUUGAUGUUAAGCCAAAAUAUCAACAAGUACCUUUAAACUUAAGUCUUCUUUUACACAUGCAACUAAUGCUUUCAAUUAUAUUUUGAAAGUUGCUUUUAUUGUCUCUAAUUCAGUAAUGGUGUUUGACAUUUUAAUGAAAUAUUUAUUAUGAGCUUAUUUUUUCAAUUGUCAUUUUAUACUUGUAGAUGGCACCAUUUGUGUCUGG